GAGCAGUUUGACAGAUGCCAUGGAACUCUUCUUCAGUACGUAGAGUUUCUUUCUAGCGCGAUGACACCGGCUGUUGCUUAUGCUCAGCUGAUUCCUUCACUUGAUGAUCUUGUUCAUUUGUACCACUUGAUCUGAGGUUGCCUUUUUGAUAUAUCGACCUGUAAUGAGGCACUUCAAGUGUCAGGGAAGCAGUAACGUUUGCUGGCCAUUAGAUGACAGUGAGGCCACAGAUAUGGAAACUGGAAAUUUGGAUUCUGAGCCAAUAGAUGUUGCUAACAAAGUAAUUCUUGAUCUCGGUGCUCCUCGGAAGGCUAUAAUGUGGUCUGAUCUUCUUGAUACUGUUAAAACGAUGCUUCCUUCAAAAGCCUGGAAUAGCCUCUCACCUGAUCUUUAUGCAACUUUCUGGGGCCUCACACUGUAUGAUCUUUAUGUUCCUAGGAACCGUUACGAGUCUGAAAUCGCCAAGCAGCAUGCUGCUCUUAAGGCCCUGGAGGAGCUAUCUGAUAAUUCUAGUUCAGCAAUUACCAAGAGAAAAAAGGACAAGGAAAGAAUUCAAGAUUCGCUAGAUCGUCUGACUAGUGAACUCCAUAAGCAUGAAGAAAAUGUUGCAUCUGUUCGCAAAAGACUUUCUCAUGAGAAAGAUAAUUGGUUGAGCUCAUGCCCUGAUACUUUAAAGAUAAACAUGGAGUUUCUUCAGCGGUGUAUCUUUCCACGUUGCACUUUCAGUAUGCCGGAUGCUGUCUAUUGUGCUAUGUUUGUUCAUACCCUUCACUCUCUUGGGACACCUUUUUUUAAUACAGUCAACCACAUUGAUGUCCUGAUAUGUAAAACUUUACAACCAAUGAUAUGCUGCUGCACUGAAUAUGAAGCUGGAAGACUUGGGAGGUUUUUGUAUGAAACAUUGAAGAUUGCUUAUUACUGGAAGAGUGAUGAAUCUGUUUAUGAACGUGAGUGUGGAAACAUGCCAGGCUUUGCUGUAUACUACAGAUACCCAAACAGUCAGCGUGUCACUUACGGCCAGUUCAUUAAGGUACACUGGAAAUGGAGUCAAAGAAUCACGCGGUUAUUGAUUCAAUGCUUGGAAUCAAAUGAGUACAUGGAGAUUCGAAAUGCUCUUAUUAUGUUGACAAAAAUUUCUAGUGUUUUCCCUGUUACUCGAAAAACUGGGAUUAACCUCGAAAAACGGGUCGCUAAAAUAAAAAACGAUGAGAGAGAGGAUCUUAAGGUGUUGGCGACUGGUGUUGCUGCAGCUUUGGCUGCAAGAAAACCAUCAUGGGUUACGGAUGAGGAGUUUGGCAUGGGAUAUCUCGAACUAAAGCCUGCUGCAUCACUUUCUUCAAAGCCUGCUACUCUUCAAAAUGGUUCAGCUUUUAAUCCUUCUCAAGGUGAAUCUGCUGGGGGAAGGACAGUUGCUCCAGCAAUCCAGCAUUCAGAUUCUGGGAAUGUGAACAAAGACCAGAUAUCAAGAACAAAACCUCUAGAUGGGAGGUUAGAAAGAACUGAAAGCAUCCCACUUGGGAAGUCGGACCAAGGGCAUCCGAAGCCAAAAGGAGGUUCAUCUCUAACUGUGUCAGAUUCUCAAACAUCCUUGCCCUCUUCCUCUGUCCAAGCUUCAAUGUCUAAAUCAACUGAAAGUCAAAAACAACUGGAUGAAUUUUCUCAUCAAAUGUCAGAUGAAAGCACGAUCAAAUUUGCUUCAAAAUCUGCAGAAAAUGAGAUGAAAGCUUCAGCGAAACGAUUGGUGCCUACUGGAAUACUUAAUAAAUCAACAAAGCAAGAUCUAGGAAAAGAUGAUAGCAAGUCUGGAAAAGCUGUUGGAAGAACUUCAGGCACUCCCACCAGUGAUAGAGAUCUCCCUUCUCAUGCUUCUGAGACCAGGCAAGGUGGAGCUCUGAACAUUAGUUCCACUUCCUUAGCUAAUGGUAGCACGAUUACAGCUUCAGCCAAAGGUUCAACCUCAUCCACAAGAACACUAGAUGUUCAUGGCAUUGAAUCAAAGUCAGACACUGUUCUUAAGUCUUCAGAAAUGAGGUCCAAUGUAGUGAAAGAUGAUGGAACUGAAGCUUCUGAUGUGUCAAGGCCACCUUCUCGAAUUGUUCAUUCCCCGAGGCACGAUAAUGCUGCCACUGCUUCGAGGUCUGGUGAUAAGCUGCAGAAACGAACUAGUCCUGUUGAAGAAACUGAUAGAUUAAGUAAACGUCGGAAGGGGGAUGCCGAAUCAAAAGAUUUUGAGGGUGAUAUUCGCAUGUCUGAAAGAGAGAGGUCAAUUGAUCCUCGACUAAUGGAUCUUGAGAAAGCAGGAACUGAUGAACAAAGUAUGUAUAGAGCCAUGGAUAAGCCUCUGGAUAGGUCAAAAGAUAAGGGUACUGAAAGAUAUGAUAGGGACUAUAGGGAAAGAAUGGAGCGUAACGAAAAGUCCCGAGGAGAUGAUAAUUUGGCUGACAAAUCAAGGGAUAGGUCAAUGGAAAGAUAUGGUAGAGAGCGUUCAGUUGACAGAGGGCAAGAUAGGGGCACAGAUAGGAAUUUUGAUAGAAUCAAUGACAAAAAGGAUGAACGGAAUAAAGAUGAUAGAGGUAAAUUACGUCAUAGUGAUACUACUGAAAAAUCUCAUGUUGACGAGCGGUUUCAUGGGCAAAAUUUACCCCCACCACCACCUUUGCCUCCUCAUAUGGUCCCACAAUCAGUUGCUGGUACUGGCAGAAGAGAGGAAGAUACUGAUAGGAGGUUUGCAACUACCAGACAUGCUCAGAGGCUAUCUCCAAGACAUGAAGAAAAAGAACGGAGGCGAUCAGAAGAAAAUGCAUCAAUUUCACAGGAUGAUGCAAAGCGUAGAAGAGAUGAUGAUUUUCGAGAUAGAAAGCGUGAAGACCGUGAGGUGCUGAUGAUGAAGGUAGAUGAACGGGAGAGAGAAAGAGAGAGGGAGAGGGAAAGAGAGAAAGCUAACCUUUUGAAGGAGGAUAUGGAUGCUAGUGCAGCCUCAAAGAGGCGGAAACUUAAGCGGGAGCAUAUGCCAUCAGGAGAACCUGGUGAGUACUCUCCUGUUGCUGCUCCACCUCUUGUGAUGAGUAUGUCUCAAUCUUAUGAUGGGAGAGACAGAGUGGAUCGUAAAGGAACCAUGAUCCAGCGUACAGGUUACAUGGAAGAACCAGGCAUGAGGAUUCACGGCAAAGAAGUAGCCAGUAAGAUGUCUCGUCGUGACACAGAUCCGAUUUACGACCGAGAGUGGGAUGAUGAGAAGAGACAAAGGGCUGAACAGAAGCGUAGGCAUCGAAAGUAGUAUCAGCAUUGCCAAGUUAAUGAAAUACCUGCAGGGGUGAACUACUGUUGUUUGUUUAUUAGAUAGUAGAUGUACAAAGCAAACAUUGCAUAACCAAGGGGUUCCCGACCAUGUCCCCUUUUCCAGUUGUCUCAAGUUUUCUUUGAACCUUGGGUCUGGAAUUUUUUUACGGCUCUUACAGGGAAGCACAGUAAUUGGAAAGUGCCAUUGGUUCAUACAGUUUGGUAAAAAACAUUGUAAAUUAUUAAGAGGAUGCCAUGUAAUGCAUCUUAUACCAUUUGGGUACCUGUAUCUUUUUGUGACGAGAAAAAGAAAAUUGAUAAGAUUUUGUAACUUGCUGUAGCUACAAACGUAGAGGGUUUUACUUACAUUCUCGGAUUUUGCUUGAUAAACGUGAUGGUUAAUUGAUAACUUUUUCAGUCAGCAGAAAAGGAAAA